AUUAGACUUAGAAAAUGGCUCACAGACUUGGAGGACGCAGAAAAAACGUAAAGAAAGGUUUUCAAUUUACGUUAAUGGUAGUUGGUGCCUCUGGCACGGGUCGUACAACGUUUGUAAAUACUCUCUGUGACGAUCAUGUCCUUGCUAGAAAAGAAUCAGAAAACCCUGAAGACGCACAUAAUGAAGAAGGCAUCAAUAUUAAGCCAGUCUCAGUUGAAUUAGAUGAAGAUGGUGUAAGGAUCUCUUUAACUAUUGUUGAUACACCAGGCUUUGGUGAUAAUAUUGAUAAUGAAGCAUGUUUCCAUGAAAUUGUUGCUUAUUUGGAAAAGCAAUAUGAUGACAUUCUUGCUGAAGAGUCAAGAAUUAAACGUAACCCAAGAUUCCGUGAUAACCGUGUUCAUGCUCUUUUAUAUUUCAUUGCCCCUACUGGCCAUGCCUUGCGUGAAAUCGAUAUCGAACUCAUGCGUAGACUUUCUCCCCGUGUUAAUGUGAUUCCUGUCAUUGGCCGUGCUGAUUCUCUUACACCUCAAGAAUUAAAGGACUUUAAGAGAAGAAUUAUGGAAGAUAUUGAACACUAUAAUAUUCCCAUUUACAACUUUCCUUAUGAUGUUGAAGAAGAUGAAGAAGACACGAUUGAAGAGAACAGUGAAUUAAGAGCUCUUUUGCCCUUCUCUAUCAUCGGUAGUGAAGAAGAGAUUGUUGUCAAUGGUCGCACUGUUCGUGGUCGUCAAUACCCUUGGGGUGCUGUUGAAGUUGAUAACCCUAAGCAUUCUGAUUUUGGUCGCUUAAGAUCCGCUUUAUUGAGGUAAGCAUAGAGUGUAUUCUCAACAAAGUAUGUUCAUACAAAAUAGCUCUCAUUUGCAAGAUCUCAAGGAAAUCACGCACGACUUUUUGUAUGAAAACUAUCGUACUGAAAAAUUGAGUCGUACUGUCAAUGGUGGUGACCAAGAAGAUGCUUCUUUGAAUGCUGAAGAUAUGGCAUCUCAAAGUGUUCGAUUGAAGGAAGAACAAUUAAGAAAGGAAGAAGAAAAAGUAAGUCCCAGAUAAGGUUGAAACUUUGAUCUGAUUUUCUCUCUAGUUGCGUGAAAUUGAAUUAAAGGUUCAACGUGAAAUUCAAGAAAAGAGAGCUGAGCUUUUGAGUAAAGAAGAAGCUUUACGUAACCUUGAAGCCAGAUUAGCACAAGCUCAACUAGCUGAUCAAUAAUUUUUAUUUAAUUAUACUUCCAUACCUUUACUUAAUCAUUAUUAAAAAGACACUUUUUUUUU